GUUGGGCAAGACGUACACACCGACCGCGGCAGCGCUGGCGCUUCCUGCCCGAAACCUCGACCAUGCCGGCGUUUGAUCCAGUGCGCGACGCGCUCAAUUCGCCACUAUCUCCGUCCCACCCGCCCCCCAGCCCGUUCACACGCCCCCAAGAAGCGCCCCAUUACUCUUCCUCCCCCCUCGCAAGCCCGUCAAUAGGUAAACGCGCAACAGACCUCAGCGUGCUCCUCAACGAUGACCCCCCACCCCUGACCCGCACCCCGUCAUCGCGCUCCGCGUCCCUCGCCCAUCUCGUUCACCAGACCGAGCCAGAGGACAAGCUCGCGUUCAGCGACCCUCUACGCCGCGGACAGUCAUCGCGCGACGACGACGGGUACUUUGCGCAUCGUCCGUCGUCAUCCUCCUCGCGCACUUCCUUAUCGAGCGCGGGCCUCUUCACGCCGUCCCCUGCCGCGCAUACGAAUGGGAGACCUGCGCCACAGCCAGUAGCACCGGAGUCACCAGAGCGCCUGUCGCGGCCCUCGUCUUCGUCUUCUGCGGUGAACAGCGCACGGACGGCCACGCGUCCCACGUCAUCACACGGCACCAUGGCACCUCCCCCUCCCCCACCACCGCCUCCACGAACUGCAUAUCAGCCCAAGAAGCGCCUGACCCCUGCCGGCUCAGUCAUGAUACCUCUAUCAAAGGCCGAAAUGGAGCAGUUCCAGAACUUCCGCGGCAAGGGUUCAGUGACGCUGAGCAAGCGCAAGCGUGCGCCGUCAAGAGAGCCGGACGAGGAUCGGCCGCCACCCAACAAGAAGCUUAUUGGAGAUACAGGGGUUGUCGCGGCUCACUACAAUGCAAGACCAGAAGUAGGCGUCGAUAAGCGCGUCGAGUCACCCAUCUUCGCGCUCAAAGCGUUCAACAACUGGGUCAAAUCCGUCAUCAUCACAAAAUUCGCACAUCCUGCCCUGCAGCACUCCCCCAACUACUCUCGAAAAGAGCGACUGCGUGGCAAGGUGCUCGAUCUUGGAUGCGGGAAGGGCGGCGACAUCAACAAGUGGCAAAAAGCGAAUGCGAAGCACUACGUCGGUGCAGAUAUCGCGGCCGUUUCCGUUGAGCAGGGCAGGCAGCGCUGGGAAUUUUUGCGAGGCGCCCGUCCAGAAGCCCUCUUCCUCGCACUCGACUGCUUUACUGAACCCAUAGGUCGCGCAUUACCACCAGAUAUAUUGCGCACGCCAUUCGACGUCGUUUCGAUGCAAUUUUGCAUGCACUACGCAUUUGAAACGGAGGCGAAGGCGCGAUGUAUGCUCGACAAUGUCAGCAGAUAUCUUCGAUCAGGCGGCGUCUUCAUCGGCACUAUACCCAACGCUGACUUUCUGCUCUCACAUCUCGACGAUGUCGAUGAAGACGACCACGACCUAUCAUGGGGAAACUCCGUCUACAACGUCAAGUUCGACGAGCGCAAGCAUAAUUCGAUCUAUGGUCACAGGUAUUGGUUCUACUUGCAAGACGCCGUCGACAAUGUGCCGGAGUAUCUAGUACAUUGGGACCCCUUUGUCAAGCUAGCAGCGGAAUACGGCCUACUUCCGAUCUACAAGGAGCCGUUCGGCGAGGUCUUCCAGGAGAGCGAGAAGAAGGAAUUCAAGCAGCUGCUCAUCCGCAUGAAGGUCAUGAACGAGGAGGGGGAGAGCAACAUGACCGAGGAUCAGUGGGACGCCGCCAACGUCUACAUCGCCUUCGCAUUCCAGAAGUGCUAGCCCGCCCAUAUCUUAUCUGUAUCCAUAUAGUUACUGUAGUAGCACGUAGCGCA